CGGCCCAUCCUCUGCUCCCAGGGUCAUGGACGUACACAGUGGCUUGGUUGCCACUGCUCAUGCAGGUCUGUUUGCCUGGUGCACAGCUGCCAGUGACAUGCAUUCCAGGGACCUUCCUGUCACCUUGAGUUCUGGUGUUGUCUUUUUGCAGGAUGGCCUAUGCCCAGCCAAAGGUGCUAACACCCAGUAGGAAAGAUGUUCUUGUCCUGACCCCUUGGCUGGCUCCCAUCAUCUGGGAGGGGACCUUCAACAUCGACAUACUGAAUGAGCAGUUCAGGCUUCGUAACACCACAAUUGGACUGACUGUGUUUGCCAUCAAAAAGUAUGUGGUGUUCCUGAAGCUGUUCCUGGAGACAGCAGAGCAGCACUUCAUGGUGGGACACAAGGUCACCUACUAUGUCUUCACUGACCGUCCAGCUGACGUGCCGCAGGUGCCCCUGGGUGCAGGACGGAAGCUGGUGGUGCUAACUGUGCGCAACUACACCCGCUGGCAGGAUGUGUCCAUGCACAGGAUGGAGAUGAUCAGCCACUUCUCAGAGGAGCGCUUUCUGCAUGAGGUGGAUUACCUGGUGUGUGCAGAUGUGGACAUGAAGUUCAGUGACCACGUGGGUGUGGAGAUUCUCUCAGCACUCUUUGGUACCCUGCAUCCUGGCUUCUACAGGAGCAGUCGAGAGGCCUUUACCUAUGAGCGCCGGCCACAGUCCCAGGCCUACAUCCCCCGGGAUGAGGGUGACUUUUACUAUGCAGGGGGCUUCUUUGGGGGGUCAGUGUUGGAGGUGUACCAUCUCACCAAGGCCUGUCAUGAGGCUAUGGUGCAGGACAAGGCCAAUGGCAUAGAGGCUGUGUGGCAUGAUGAGAGCUAUUUGAACAAGUACUUGCUAUACCACAAACCUACAAAGGUGUUGUCCCCAGAGUAUGUAUGGGACCAGCAGCUGCUAGGCUGGCCCUCCAUCAUGAAGAAGCUGAGAUAUGUGGCUGUGCCCAAGAACCACCAAGCAAUCAGGAACCGAUAGCUGAAAUCCUAUUGAUGAGGCCAGACCUAUUUCAGGGGCAUCCAGGCUGUGUGGAACUGGAAGGAUUUGGGAACAUUACUGAAGUGUUACCCUCUACCCUGCCUCAGAGUUUAGUAGGCCCAAUACCACUUGGCUCACCACACACUAAGCUCCUGGAGUGACAGCCACCUCUAGCUCCCACUGUGUCCCUAAUCUCCUAUUCAGUGAGAUGGUAGCCAGAGCCUCCAGAACUUGGGGAAACUCUGUCAUGCAGUUACCUGAGGGCCUGAGCACCCUCACUCAGCUUGUCCCUUCCUCUGCUGGGAGGCUUGACAGAUGGUCAGUGCCCUUAGGAAUAGGCAGAGGGCAGGGAGAGUCACAGCCUGCAGGCUGCAGAGGUGCUUAGCUCCUGUUCAGCCCAAGUUGGCAGAUGAGCACCCUGUGACCAUCACCUUUGCUCAUUUUUGGUUCAUUUGGGAAUAACUAGUUAUCCAUUCUGGGAAUAAAUGUAUUUCUAGAUGAUAUAGAAGGUUUUUCCUUUUCCUUUCCUUUUUUGAUGUACUUAGGAUUGAACUCGGGGCCUCAUGGUUGCUGAAGUCAGAACUGAAGUCCACGUUCUCUCCUAGAGACACAUGAUUGAACUUG